UCGCACUAGGAAAACAGAUGUAGCAAGCUAAUGCUAGUUAGCCUCGUUUGUGUGUCAGCGAUUUACGGCGCCCUGUGUAUAAAUCAGAUCGUACGUUCCUGGCUGACAGAUUCGGCUUCUGUCAUCUCGUUUUCACCAUGAAGUUCCUCUACAAAGAAGAGCAUCCUUUUGAGAAGAGACGGUCCGAAGGCGAGAAAAUAAGGAAGAAGUAUCCGGAUAGGGUCCCUGUAAUUGUGGAGAAAGCCCCCAAAGCCAGAAUAGGAGAUCUGGACAAGAAGAAAUAUCUUGUCCCCUCUGAUUUGACAGUGGGCCAGUUUUACUUCCUCAUCCGAAAACGAAUCCACUUGCGAGCUGAAGAUGCUCUCUUCUUCUUUGUAAACAAUGUCAUUCCACCCACUUCAGCCACCAUGGGACAGUUAUACCAGGAGCAUCAUGAAGAGGACUUUUUCCUCUACAUUGCCUACAGCGACGAGAGCGUGUACGGGAACAGCCAAAGGGAAAUCUGAUCCCACAAUACCCCCCAUCCCCCUUCCCGAGCCACUCUCCACUUUUCUGAGACAACAUACGUUCAUUUAAAUAUUAAAUCCAGUGCAGCAGUCUAGAGUUCUCAGAAUAAAAGAAGUCAAAUGCACUUUCACCCCUCAUAUACCCCCUGCCACCCAUACAUCUUUAUUAGUCAACAGUCUGAAUUGUAUUAGACGCUACUCAACCAGUUGUUUGUAGGGUCGUAAACCAUCACGUCUGGCUGACGCACCUGAGAAUGAAUCAUGGAAUGACUUUAGAAUGAGGCUGUAACUUUUGUUACUGCAGAGAAAAGGGAAGCGAGGCAUCAUAUGCGAGUAUAUGUUCAAAUCCGCUCUGACUGACAGUUCAGUUUGUCUUAAAAAGGAUGAGAUAUAACUGUUUUGAAGCAGUUAUUUUCCCAGGAACAUCUGACAUGGCCAGUUAAAGAUUGAGCUUUUUUUUUCCUCUCCCUCAUUAAAUUUCACUGUUUGGGAAUUACAAUUUAGGUUUGUAGCCUCACCUCUGAACCAUUUUUGAGUAUAAUAGAAUUCAGACUAAUCAAUCAUCCUCUGCUUUCUGUGGUUAUAGGACUAUUAUGUUGGAUUGCUACUAUGAUUGUUAUUGUUAAUUUUAGAUGGCCGAAUUUGUAAAGGUAUUGUAAAGCUGAGUGCAUCUUCUCUUUGUUUUUGUUUUUUUCUUUUUUUAAAGGAAGAUUUGAACUCUGUAUACAGCUGCAUUACUCGCUCUUUCCACUCAUGACCGUACAUAAUAAACUGUAAUGACAAGCUG